CCCUAGCCGCUCACCACAUUUGUGGCCGAAUUGUUAACUUUUUUGUUUUUUGUUACCCUUCUGCUGAUAAUUUUCGCAUCCAAUAUGUUUCCUCAACGAAGUUCGGAGGUAUAUCGGAAGCCGGAUAGCCACGACCCGCCGCCAAACAUAGAGCUGGCCGGCAACCUCGAAUAUCCCAAUCUCAACGCUGCUGAUCUGAGUGCUCGCAUGGAGAAUCUUUCGCUGCGGCUGCACGGCUGCUGGGACAGCAUCAGCCUCAACGAGCAGAAUCACUUUGCGCUCGCCACAAAUCGCCGCGAAGGUGGCGAGUGGUGGGGUGUCUUUCUUGGCUACUCGGAGGAAAAUGUGAAGCACAUGACGGUGGAGAAUGCCGACUACAAGCUGCAGUCCACCCACACGGUGAACAUUGUGCGCUAUGCGAGCAACAACGUGCUGCUGGCGGCACUGGGCAACACCAAACUGCAGGCAUGGUCCACCUACUCAAAGGUGCGGAAUCCAAAGUCCCCUUAUUGCCUUUUUAUGAUGGGCGAAUCAGCGGCACAUCCCUCACCCAUCAGCCAUUUGAGUGUGUUCAAAUCGGUGCCAAAUACGGCUGUCAGCGCAUCGCCAGAUGGUACAAUAAAUAUGUGGAACUUCUCUGGCGCAGAUUUGGUGAGCUCUUAUCGCACCAACUAUGCCCACACGGAUAGACUCACGGGCAUGGCCACACCCGUGAGCACUGCCAAUCAGUUUGUGACCUGUGAUCGUGGUGGAUGUGCCCGCAUCUGGGAUGCACGUGCCGCAGCGCCCUCAUCCCUGACGCUUUACAACGACGCCAGACAUAUGAUUAGCUUCACCUGUGCCGCCUGGGCAGAGACCACACAGCCACAGGCCGACAAUUGCAUUUAUUUUGGUGAUUUCGAUGGAAAUGUUCACACUAUAGACACGCGAGUGCCCAAGCAGUUCCAAGAGACAAUCCAGUACUUUGAGGACAGCAUAAUCUCGCAGCUAUCGGUCAAUGGCUCCCAUUUGGCUGUUAUGAGCAAUGAGCCCGCUGGCGUAAAGAUAGACAAAAUAGAGAAUGGGAAGCAUGAGAUUAUCUACACAAAUAUGGACACGCAUGACCGUCAGACGGACGCCGUUUGGACCAAUGAACGGACACUGCUUACCAUUGGACAUGGCCGCAAAAUGGCUAGGCAUUCGAUACCCUAAGUUCCUGUUGCUUGACAAUUUAAAUACAAAGAAUGUACUUCAAAGGACUUGUAUUAUAUUAAUGCAAAUUCUGGAACA